ACCAGUCACAUUCGAAAAACAGGAAGUGUACCUGACAAAAAUAUUGACUUGUUUUUGUUGUUUUUUUUUUACAUUUUUCUUCCAGUUUGAAGCAUGUAGUUCAUCAAAAUCGAACUUUAGCUUCAAUUUUAAACCAUGUAAUAAAUUUUAGGUGUAUUUAUCAAACUCUGAUUAGUCAGAUCGCCAUUUUUCUGAAAAGAAUAUUUUAUGACUCACCUGUAAUCAAGGUGUUUAGUUUAUGAUUUUAGUUCCGUUCAGAAACCAGCAGAAAUGAACGGCUAUAGUUUGGUCCAGUUGAUUAAGACUGUCCUUCUGGGAUUUACUGCCUUGAUUUCGGGCGGUUCACUGAUCUUACCAUAUUGGUACCAGUUUGAAGUUCAGGUUACCUGGGAUGGAGGUCGCACGAUGCAGACAAAGACGAUAGAUGUUGGACUGUUUUACAUGGACCAGGGAGACAAUAUCAACAUGAUAGAUAUCAUCAUGAUUGAUAAAGCUAGUAAUGCAAAAACAUUCCCACCCAUGUUCCGUGUAGCUCAGAUCUUCUUCGGCCUUGGGAUUUCUGCAGUGUUUGUGCUGUUUAUUGCCUCAUUGAUAUAUUUCUGCCGAAAAUACAAGUCGGCAACAGGGGAGAUGUGCCUUGCUGCGGGACUUUUGCCAACAUCCCUGUGUCUGGUUCUAGGUACCGUAUUUGCCGCGCUGGCAGGAAUCAUCAAGGAUCCUAGUGCUUGGGAAGCCUUUCCGGUUCCCGACAACUACAUGCAGGUGAAGGCUGAUCCGGUUAUAAAGCUUGGCAUUGGUCUUUAUGUGGCAGCUUUUGCUGCUCUUCUAGGCCUGGUAUCCUUGGGGCUAGCCUGGAUGCAGGCUUGUAUGUUGUGUAAGCAUGUCGAAGAGGUCAGGUACCAGAUGUUGAAUGCACCUCUCACUGAAGAUGAGCGAGGUGUGGGUCCGGCUACAAUGUACAAGUUUGGUGCACCAACUUCUGGUUUCCGGUAUGAUGGGUACAGCAAACCAGAACGAGGAAUGGAAGUUGACUUCUAGAAGCUAGGAACCAGGCUUGAAUUACACACUUUAAAGACACAUUUUAUAACAGUUUGACUUCUAGAGCUAAUUGUACAAAAAAAAAGACUUGUUUAGAGAGAACAUAAAACACAUAUCACAUACCGUAAUAUACAUAUGAGUAUGACUAAUGAAAUGUAUAAUUAUGCAGUUUAUAACAGUAGCAAAAUGAGUUUACCUACCCUAGGACAUGUUAAUAUAUUAAUUUAUAUACAGGAACAUGUCAUAUUCAGAUAUGGAUUAUAAUAGCAUCAGAUUCAGGAAAUCUUGAUAAAUUGUGCAAAUUGUUUAGGUAGAUUCAGUUUAGGUUGUCAAGUUACCACUCAAGUCAAUUCUACAUAAAAUACGAUGUAAAGUACGCAAAUUGUCAAGGCUGAUUCAGUUUUUAUUGUCAAUUGUCAGUCAGGUUUCUAUCAUUCUUGGCUUGUUUAACCAGUUUAGAGGAUAAAACUGUUCAUCCAGUUACAAUUAAUUUGUGGUAUAUUGUAAUUACUUACAAAAACACUCAUUGCCAUUUUCAAGAACAGUUGCUUUUGAUUUUCUAAUCAAAUGGUUUACAGAAAUGUUUGUACUUAGUAACUGAAACACUAGAUCUGGAAUCAUUUGAUGAAGACAAGUUUUGUGAGUGCUUUAAACUAAAUUUGACAUACAUUGUUUUAUAUAGAAUUUUAUUUUUGUAUUAAAUUUUGUAUUAUACAUUAUACAUGUAACUAGUUUCAUUUGUCUUACAUAUCAGCUAAUAAAGUCUAACUUUCGAUUCACCUUUUCCUAACAAGGGUGUUUUUUUCUGUAAUUAGUCUUAAGUAAGACAAUACCAUCGGUAUUGUACAUCAUUAUUAUUCUAAAGAACUUUUAAGGGUGUAAGUAGGAACUAUGUAUAUUUAUAAAAAUCUUAAUUAGUCUUUAAUUUAUAGUAAAAACAGUUUAGAUUGGGUGUCAGUAUGCAAUUCCAUUUUAGUAUUUUGGACCCCAGAAGUUUUAACUUUAACUUUUGAUAGAGUAUUGUAGAAAGUUUCAAAAUAUCUCAGUUAGCAUGUAAGUAACAUUUCUCUUGUACAGAAAUUGUUAACUUUGAGGAAUAUGAUACAUUAAUCACAUUGGCCAAAACUUUAAAGAGGGAAAAUAAAGACUUGACAUUAAUAAACAUCUUAAUACAUGUAACUCAAUAAGGUCCUACUGCCUCUCAGAGAAGUUGUAAAAUUAUGUAUAGCUAAAAGGGAAAUCAACCCAAAAUAUAAUUGUAUGGAAUAGGUGAAUUAUAAACAGUAGGUUUAACUCAUGCUUUGUCAGUUUGGAUAUAGGUGUGUUUGAUUCACAAUGUAUUGGAAGUGAUAAGUUGACAUAAGUUUUGUUCCCAACUCAUUCGGAUAUGAGCAAAAACUUUUUCGAGUUCACAAAAUGCAUACCUCAUUUAUCUCUUGCAUUUCAGUCUUAUUUUAUUUGAAGGGCCAUAUGAUUAUCUUCAUUAUGUUCGGUUUUCAUUAUGUUUGGUUAAUGUGCUGCCAGGGGAGAUAACUGCUGCUGGAAAUUUGGCUAACUACAAAAGUACAUGUGUCCAUGCUUUUAUUUAGAUCAUCUGUAAACAAUAAUGUCAUGAAAUUUUCUGCAUUUUCAGUUUUCAUUGUACUUAUUAACAGUGCUUGUAUUAAAUACAAAAAAUUAUCAAAUAUUACCAACAAAUGCCUAGACUAGAUAAACAGUGGUUCUGCCCAGCUGUGCCAGAAAGACUGCCCUGAAGACACUUUUGGUCUUCCUCUAUUGUUAAAAGCUGAAAAAUUCAGCAUUGUGUCCAUGUGACUCUAAACCUAACAAAACGGUGGAAAAAAACUUGACCACUGAAACAUUUUUAUUAGCUCAUCUGAUUUUUUGAAAAAAAAUGAUGAGUUAUUGUCAUCACUUGAGCGGUUGUCGGCAUCGGCGUCUGCGUCGGCGUUGCCUGGUUAAGUUUUAUGUUUAGGUCAGCUUUUCUCCUAAACUAUCAAAGCUAUUGCUUUGAAACUUGGAAUACUUGUUCACCAUCAUAAGCUGACCCUGUAUAGCAAGAAACAUAACUCCAUCUUGCUUUUUGCAAGAUUUAUGGCCCCUUUAGUACUUAGAAAAUAUCAGAUUUCUUGGUUAAGUUUUAUGUUUAGGUCAACUUUUCUCCUAAACUAUCAAAGCUAUUGCUUUGAAACUUGAAAUACUUGUUCACCAUCAUAAGCAGACCCUGUACAUCAAGAAACAUAACUCCAUCUUGCUUUUUGCAAGAUUUAUUGCCCCUUUUGGACUUAGAAAAUCAGUUUUCUUGGUUAAGUUUUAUGUUUAGGUCAGCUUUUAGCCUAAACUAUCAAAGCUAUUGCUUUAAAACUUGCAACACUUGUUCACCAUCAUAAGUUGACCCUGUACAGCAAGAAACAUAACUCUUUCCUGCUUUUUGCAAGAUUUAUGGCCCCUUUUGGACUUAGAAAAUAUCAGAUUUCUUGGUUAAGUUUUAUGUUUAGGUCAACUUUUUCGCUUAAACUAUCAAAGCUAUUGCUUUGAAACUUGCAACACUUGUUCACCAUCAUAAGCUGACCCUGUACAGCAAGCAACGUAACUCCAUCCUGCUUUUUGCAAUAAUUAUUGCCCCUUUUGGACUUAGAAAAUCAUUUUCUUGGUUGAGUAUUAUGUUUAAGUCAACUUUUUUCAUAAACUUUCAAAGCUAUUGCUUUAAAACUUGCAACAGUUUUUCACCAUCAUAAGUGGACACUGUACAUCAAGAAACAUAACUCUAUCCUGCUUUUUGCAAGAAUGAUGGCCCUUUUUAGACUUAGAAAAUCAUGGGUAGGACAAUAUUUCUAUUACACAAAAAAAAUCAGAUGAGCGUCAGCACCCGCAAGGCGGUGCUCUUGUUAAUUUUUAUUUCAAUUUUUCAACAUUGUAAUUGCAAUUGUUCUUAAUCAUAUUAUUACAUGUAUACCCCUAAAAACAAACUUUAGAACGGGAUAUACCGGUACUUGAAUUACACUGUCACUGGGUCUGUACAACUGUGAUAAAAUAAUAAGUUGAUAGAGUUUCUGGGACAUAGGUAUAUAAUCAUAAGAUACAGGUCAAGGAUUAUUUUGGUUACAAUCCACUGUUUUUUGCCAGAGUUAUGGCCCGUUUUCAACAUAAAAUUCAGUAACAUGUCGAUGUCUGUUCGAUAACUCUUGAUAGCAUGAACAGACUAAAUUUAUUUUUGAUAGACAGGUACAUGAUUAUAAAAUACAGGUCAAGUCCUAUUAACCAAUUUUGAUAGAGUUAUGGCCCCUUUGCAACGUAAAAAUUGGGUUAUCUAUUCAGUAACUCUUGAAUUCAUUAUACCAUUGAGAAGACUAGAUAUUGUCAUAUAGUUCUAAAAAUCAGGCUCUUCACCGACUUUUUACAGUUGUAAAACAGGUGUAUUUCAAAAAGGCAUGGAGGUAUCAUUUAGUCUGCAAUAUCAACACUGUUCUAAUAUAUCACUGUAAUAUACCAUUUUUAUAGUCUUUAUAAGGUACAGGCAUAUAAAUAUUUUGUAUCUUGUAACAGUAAUAAAAAUUCAUACAGAA